UAAAAUAGUUUCCCAGCGGCUCAGAACACAUCAGUUAUAUUUCUUGCUGUGAAAUGUGGAUCUGAACGUGCGUAUAAUCCGUUUUUGUUUUAUCUUUGACAGUUGAUUGUGUUUAGAGGAAAAUCUUUAUUUUGCCAAUUUGAGAACCUACAAGACACUAAAAUGGCAGAAAUUGCAAUCCUUGAAUGCAGGUCCCGUAGUGUGCUGAGCUGGGAACAAGUUAACCGCUUAAAUGAGGUGCUGACUGAGGCUGUCCCUGUUCAUGGACGUGGCAACUUCCCUACUCUGGAGAUAAGACUAAAGGACAUUGUCCAGAUAGUCAGAAACCGCUUGGACGAGACAGGAAUUAAAGUCAGAGAUAUCUGUUUAAAUGGGUCCACUGCCAGUCAUGUUUUGGUGGAAGACAAUGGCUGGUGUUACAAGGACCUGGAUCUAAUCUUUAGGGUGGAUCUCCCAAGUGAGACUGAAUUCAAGAUUAUCAAAGAUGUAGUUUUGAGCGCACUAUUAGAUUUCCUGCCAGAAGGGGUGAACAAGAACAAAAUUACGUCCAUGACUCUUAAAGAGGCUUAUGUUCAAAAACUAGUGAAAGUUUCCACAGAACUGGACCGUUGGAGCUUAAUUUCCCUGUCGAACAACAAUGGCAGAAACGUGGAGUUGAAAUUUGUCGACUCAAUCCGACGGCAGUUUGAAUUUAGUGUUGACUCCUUUCAAAUAAUCCUGGACUCGUUGCUCUUAUAUUACGACUGCUCAGAGAACCCCAUGUCAAAGCAUUUCCAUCCAACUGUAAUCGGGGAGAGUGUGUACGGAGACUUUGAGGUUGCGUUGGACCAUCUGAAGAACAAACUUAUAGCCACCAAGAACCCUGAGGAAAUCCGUGGUGGUGGGCUGCUGAAAUACUGCAAUCUUCUGGUCAGGGACUUCAAGCCGACAGAUGAGGAGGAAUUCAAAAGCCUGGAGCGCUACAUGUGUUCCCGGUUUUUCAUAGACUUCCCUGACAUUGUGGAGCAACAGAGGAAGCUGGAAUCCUACCUGCAGAGCCAUUUUAUUGGUGAGGAAAAAAGCAAGUACGAUUACCUCCUGAUCCUGCGCCGGGUUGUCAAUGAGAGCACAGUGUGCCUUAUGGGACAUGAGAGGAGGCAGACUCUGAACUUGAUCUCUCUUAUUGCCUUCCGGGUUCUAGCUGAGCAAAACGCCAUACCUGAUGCAUCCAGUGUCACCUGUUACUACCAGCCAGCCCCCUAUGUCAGAGACUUGAACUUCAGUAAUUAUUACAUAGCCUCCUGCAACCAGUCUUAUCCGACUUGGCUGCCAUGUAGUUGAACAAGUGCAAAGGCACUUCGUGGGGGUAUAAAGGGUCCAAGAAUUGAACGUAUUGGUAUCUGUCCACUUGAACGAAAGUAGUAAAUCAUAAAGUGGACAAUAAUUUCAACAUUUUGAAAUUGAUGGCUUGUUUUUUUGUUUCUUUUGAGUU